CUGAAUUUCGGCUUUCUGCCUUAUCGAACGCCGAUCAACACAGUCAUUGGUGCUCCAAUAGACGUUCCGAAGAUUCUUGAACCGACUGAUGAAGAAGUGGAUCGCCUCCAUCGUCAGUACUGCGACGCCUUAAUAGAUCUCUUCGAACAACACAAAAGCCGAUUCGGUGUCCCAAGAAGCCGACUCGUUUUUGUUUAA